GGAGAAUUUGCAAUUUUAAACAAAGAAAACCAGGAUCCCUUCUCAUUCAAGUGAUUUAAGAGUUUCAUCUCUGCAUAAGAAAUACCUCUUGUGUCUCUGCUGGUUGAUACAUGUAUCUAUUAUUGCACCCAGUAAUAACAGGCUUGUGUUCUUCAGAAUGUUUUCUUUACCUUUUCUAUAGCGCACAAACUCUGCUCAUUUCACGGCUGUAUAAAAUGACAGACCCCGGUGGUAGAUAAUUUAUUUUACCUUUAAACCCUAGUGUGUUGCUAAUCUUUACAGUAGAUAUUGACUGUCCUGGCAAUUUGAAUACUGCUGCUUUGUUACCGAGCCUCGUAAGAUUACUCCUUCCAAAUGAACUCUUGCACUUUUUACAAAUAGUGACUCAUAUCUCUGUGCCAUAUUUCAUAGCAGAAAGCAAUGGCACAGGGAGAAUGGCAAGAGAGAUGGCUUUGCCUUAGUAUAUAUUUUGAUCGCCAAGUUUAAAACAAGCUCAGUGUUAUAAUUUGUUCAGUAAGCAAAAGGUCUUCAAAUAAAAAUAUACUUUAUGUUUAAUUUGUAAUGCAAAGCUUAUAAAUUGUGGAAAAUGCUGAUUUGACACAGCAGGUAUGACCGUGCUCUUUUGUAUUCCACCGAAUUAUGUCUGCAACAUAGGAUUUAUUUGCUUGAAUUAAUUUACUGAUCCUUAAUUGCUUUUGUUUGGUCUUUCUCAUAAUGUGUCCUUAUUUUGUUAGGAAGAAUUAUUCUGAUAAUCUAAUAGCCACUAAAAGAUAAUCUCUUAAUGUGAAAUUGUGCAUGACCUAGUUACAAAUUAGGCAGUGCUGAGAAGGACUUGCCUGCAUUUCAUACCUUCUCAGAUCGGGCUGUUUAUGGUUCAUUGCAUUGUAUGUUCUCAUGCAACUAACAGUGCAUUUCCGAGUUUAAUGGAGAGAGAAAUGAGAAAUUUUGUAGGGGUGCACUGAUAAAGAUUUUUGUGGCUGAUACCCAAUUAUUAACCAGCCUUAUGGGCCAGUACCAAUCUGAUAUGGAACUGAUAUAUCGGCGCACCUCUAGAAUUUGGUAGAAGAAAAGAUUCUAGCAGGGAACCAGAUUAAUAAUGGUGGAAUAAUUAUUGAUUGGUGGAGUUAUAACAAUGCUAAUUCUGACUUGCUGUUAAAUGUCUGGAUCACAUAAUGACUUUCACUUAUCUAUCUGAGGAUGUAUUGAGCAGUCCUUAGGCAAGAGCUCCUCUUCACUGGAGACUGUUUCCACUGUUUAGUAAUUUCUGGGAACAUGAUGCAAUUCUGUUGACAUUACAGAUGUAGAAAUAAUGUGGGGUAUACUUAGGUUUCCACAUCUUCUCUAGGAGUCGGAGUAAAUAUAAUCUAUUUUUUUAUUAGUGGUAUAUCUUUACUGUUCUAAAAUAAAACAUUUGAUUAUGAAGUCAAACUAAGAAGGUAUUUCUUCAUGAAACUGAGAUCUCUUGUUGAUUUGAAUCUUCCUUACAAAGGUGUUGUUAUAAUCUGAAGUUCCUUGGAAGUAAUUCUGUGGUUGAUUACUAAAGACAGACUUUGCUUAAUCAUCCGAACCCAAAAGCAUAGAUUUUUUUUCUAUGCUUAUUUCUUUUCCCAAUUUUAAUUGACCUGAUUCUUAAUUUUGAAGGCAACACUUGAAAUAACUUAGUGAAGUGCGAAUUUCUGCUACUUUACUGUAAAGGUUUGGGCAGUCAAGGUGAAAUGCAGUGAUGGCGUUUUUCUCAUGAAAUUGUUCAUCCUUAACUAUGAUGCAGCUCUCACUUUAAAAAUCAAUAUUGUUUGACUUUGGUCAGAACUCUGCUUAAAAAUGCUUAAUUUAUCAGCAUGAUUUUUAAGCUGGAAACAGAGUAUUAUAGCUAUUAGAUUUUGGAGGGCCUGACACCUAUGGGAAUAGUGGAUCUUGGAUAAUGUACAUCCAGAAUACAUAUGGGGACAGGAUAAAAUAUCCAUGUUUCCCCCUGUCGGUGUGUGGGUGGUCACUAAAAAGGGCUUGUGCCUGGGCUUCUAGCAUGUAUGUGAUGGACAGCAGUCAUUGUGUGGCAGGCAAUGGACUUGGAACUUGCAGUAUAAGGAGGGAAGACAUCGGGGGCAAGUAGAUCUGGGCAGUGCAUGUGGCCUUGUGUAAUGGGUGGGUGGGGUAGGUGGGUUAUAGAUAAAGGAAAAUUCUGUAAAGUCCCUUAUCUUGACCACCCAGCAAUGUAAAUUCACUGAGAUAGAACAAACUCAGAAUAAAUGUUCCUUUAAAGCGGUGCACAAAUUAGUUAUGUUUGAGGAAUAUAAUUAAGUGGUUCACAUGGCACUAUGUAUACAGAUAGACCCAUUGCAUGCUGGGAAUAGUCAUUUACAACCCCCUUGUACUAUUUGCAAUUUAUACUUGUGUGUCCAUUCUGUAAGUAUCCUGGAAAGGUUCCCAACCUUCAGAUCCACCUGAUAAUGGUCUAAGCUGCCCUGAAAUCUCCCCAAGGAUCUCCUAGGCUGAAUACUAUUUCCCAAAGCAUUUAUUGCUUUCCUUUCUUGUUGCAGAAAAAUCUAUCUUUAUUGACUCCACUACUCUGUUUCAUCAGGAUCAUUAGGAUGGGCCUGAUUCUUCACUCAGGCAAAACUCUCCUUGGCUUCCUGAGUCAGAAUCUGCAUGUUUGUUAUAAAACUUACUAAAACUUUCUCAAACACAACAGGCCUUCUCGUGGGGACGCUAGAUGCAGUCUUGGAUUCUACAUCCAAAGUGGCUCCAUUUCGUAUCCUGCAUCAGACACCAGAUUCUCAAGUCUACUGGUCCAUUGCUUGUGGAGCCAGCAGAGAAGAAAUAACAGAACACUGGGACUGGUUGGAGCACAAUGUUAUGAAGACCUUGUCUGUAUUUGAUUCAAAUGAAGACAUUACUAGCUUUGUACAGGGAAAGAUCAGAGGCUUGAUUGCUGAAGAGGGGAAGGGUUCAUUCGUAAAAGAAGAAGAUCCUGAGAAAUUCCGGGAAGCUCUUCUGAAAUUUGAAAAGUGUUUUGGAUUGCCAGAGCAGGAGAAGUUGGUGACCUAUUACUCAUGCAGUUACUGGAGAGGACGAGUGCCCUGUCAGGGGUGGCUUUAUCUCAGUACCAACUUCUUUAGCUUUUAUUCCUUUUUGUUGGGAGCAGAAAUAAAACUCAUUAUCUCCUGGGAUGAAAUCUCGAGACUUGAAAAGACCUCCAAUGUGAUCCUGACGGAGAGCAUUCACGUGCGCUCCCAUGGGGAGGAUCACUACUUUUCCAUGUUUUUGCACAUUAAUGAGACAUUUCUGCUCAUGGAGCAGCUGGCAAACUACACCGUUAGAAGACUUUUUGACAAGGAGACUUUUGAAAGUGACCAAAUCCUCCAUGAUCCCCUGCAAAUCACUAAGAGAGGUCUGGAGAGCCGAGCCCACAGCGAGCAGUUCAGUGCGUUCUUUAGGCUACCCAAAGAAGAGACCUUGCAGGAAGUGCAUGAAUGCUUCUUAUGGGUUCCAUUCUGCCAUUUCAGCACCCUGGGGAAAAUGUGCAUUUCAGAGAACUACAUCUGCUUUGCCAGCCAAGAUGGCAACCUGUGCAGUGUGAUCAUUCCUCUAAGAGAGGUUGUAGGUGUGGAUAAAGCUGAUCCAGCUAACAGAGGAGUCAGCAUUAGCAUCAAAGGAAAAAGAGCUUUUCGUUUCACAGAUGUUAAAGACUUUGAGCAACUGGUGGCAAAGCUCAGGCUCAAAUGUGGUGCGACGUCAAGUCCACAGCACGCUGCAAAUCCAGAGGUGACAGCACAGGUUGCCGUUAGUCCUGACCCUGAUAACUUGGUGGAUUAUUACGAGGGACGGUCGAUGGGGCAAAAAGACAGUAGCAAGACUGUCAGCACAGAAGCCCUUAUGACCGUUUUCCAUCCUCAGGAUGCCGAGAACCUCGACUCUAAAAUGUUAAAAGAAAAAAUGAAAGAGCAAUCCUGGAAUAUCCUCUUUGUAGAAUGUGGCCGUGGAGUUAGCACGUUUCGGACAAAGAAGACUCGUGACCUAGUAGUACGAGGGAUCCCGGAGACAUUAAGAGGAGAGCUGUGGCUUCUUUUCUCAGGCGCUGUUAAUGACAUGGCUACCAACCCUGGUUAUUACACCGAAGUGGUGGAAAUAUCCAUUGGGACAAGCACCUUAGCUACUGAUGAAAUUGAGCGAGACUUGCGUCGUUCCCUGCCUGAGCACCCAGCAUUUCAGAGUGACACUGGCAUUUCUGCACUCCGGAGAGUUCUCACGGCCUAUGCAUACAGAAAUCCCAAGAUUGGGUACUGUCAGGCAAUGAACAUUUUGACAUCAGUAUUGCUGCUGUAUGCUAAAGAGGAAGAAGCUUUCUGGCUAUUGGUUGCUGUGUGUGAAAGAAUGUUGCCUGAUUAUUUCAAUCGUCGAAUCAUCGGUGCCUUGGUGGAUCAGGCAGUGUUUGAGGAACUCAUCAGGGAUCACCUGCCUCAGCUGACAGACCACAUGACAGACAUGACCUUCUUCUCAUCAGUCUCCCUCUCCUGGUUCCUUACCCUCUUUAUCAGUGUGCUGCCCAUUGAAAGUGCAGUCAACGUGGUUGACUGUUUCUUUUAUGAUGGGAUAAAGGCAAUCCUGCAGCUGGGUCUUGCAGUGCUGGACUAUAACAUGGACAAACUCCUGACCUGCAAGGAUGAUGCAGAGGCAGUGACUGUUCUAAACAGAUUUUUUGACAGUGUCACUAACAAGGACAGCCCCUUACCUCCAGCUGUGCAGCAGGCUUCAAACCUGUCCAAUGCCAAGAGUGACCACCCAAAAGUAGAUAUCACCGACCUGAUCCGAGAGGCAAACGAAAGAUAUGGUGAUAUUCGAUAUGAGGAUGUCCAGAGCAUGCGCAGCAGGAACAGGCUGUAUGUAAUCCAGACCCUUGAAGUUACUACAAAGCAGAAUGUGCUGCGUGUCAUAUGUCAGGAUGUAAAAUUCAGUCCUAGUGACCUGGAAGAGCUUUAUGAAUUAUUCAAGAAAGAACAUUUUCUAUCUUGCUACUGGAGUGUAAAUAGCCCAGUCCUGAGACACCACGAUCCCAGUCUGCCUUACCUGGAACAGUAUCGGAUCGAUUGCCAGCAGUUCCGGGUUCUCUAUCAUCUUUUGAGCCCAUGGGCACAUUGUGCAAACAAGGACUCUCUCGCGUUGUGGACGUUCAGGCUGCUGGACGAGAACUCGGAUUGCCUUAUAAACUUCAAAGAAUUUGCCUGCGUGCUCGAUAUUUUGUAUAACGGAAGUUUCACCGACAAACUGAAGCUGCUUUUUAAGUUGCACAUCCCUCCAGCUUUUACUGAAGUGGAAUCUCUGAGCCCUUCAAAAGGCAUUGAACUUUCCAAAGAAGAGUUGAUCCACUUCAGCCAGCUCACUGUUUCCUCUCCUGUGGACAGUCAGGAAGCUGAUGCCUUGAAGAGCCCAGAAAAAGGUAAAGGGAAGGUUGAUAUUCAGGCUUAUCUGAAGCAGUGGCAAGAUGAGCUUCUUAAAAAAGAAGAAAAUAUCAAGGAUUUGCCUAGAAUGAACCAGUCACAGUUCAUUCAGUUCUCAAAGACUCUGUACAACUUGUUCCAUGGGGACCCCGAGGAGGAGUUGUUGUAUCGAGCUAUAGCAGGGUUUGGGAGAAGGCUGCAGAGUUCCACGUCACCAGGCAAAAGUCCGGCUGUGGCAGUGGAAUUGACUGCUGAGGACCAAAAGAAACUGCAGGAGGAGAAUGAACCACAGCAGCCUGAAAGCAGUAAAAUGCAGGGUCCUCCCAGCGCAGACCAUGAAUGGUCUUUUGCUUUUGAGCAGAUCCUGGCAUCCUUGCUAAAUGAACCGGCCUUGGUGAGAUUUUUUGAGAAACCCAGUGACUUAAAAGCUAAAGUAGAAAAUGCUAAAACUUCCCAACUGAAAGCAAGAAGCAGACUGUAACUUCCCCCAUCUCUGCACCCUGUAUGAACACACAGCGCUUACAAAAGAAGGCCUUUACUAUAGGAACGGAGCCUGGAGUUUACUUUGUGAGUGGAGCUUGAGGGUUUAGCUGGCCCCACCACAUAAUGGUAUGCUUUUUUGAUGACAUUAAAUUUAGUUUGAAGCGCAAUUGCUUCUUCACACUAUUCACAGAUUCACUGCACAAAGGACUGAAACAUGAGUGGCAUUUUUUACCCCGUUCAAGAUAUGCAGUAUUUUUAAACUUCUAAAUGUUGACCGAAAGAGGGCAUGUUGGCAACGCUUUCUGUGUAUCAGCUCUUACUGGUUACACUCCCUUGGACAUGCUGCUCAUCCUCAGAGUGAUGAAUGUAAGGAUUUCUGCCAUCUUCCAUUAUGAUGAAUAGUGGUAUCAAAAUGUUUUAAUUUCUGCCUGGUCUGAUUUCCAGGAAGCCAUUUUUGAAGCUGUAUGUAGACUCUCAUCAAUCCGGGAUAGAAACCUCAGUCCUACUGAUAGGAAACUGUGGUCUAGUAGCCUUUGUGGCCACCAGAUCAUGGUGAUAGAGAAGAAUGCCACGUCACUUUAGUGUUAAUCUUUUUCUUGCUAGAUUUCACUAGCUUAAAAUGAAGAGUGGGUUUUAGAAAUGGGCCUUUGUGUAGCAUCCAGAUUAGAAUCCCAGUUUACUUAAUGGUAUCGUUUCUGAACUGGAUCCUUACAGCCCUGAAGCUUGUGAAUCCAGUGAAUGUGCUG